AUGGCUGCCAGUGAUGGUCUACUGGGUGUCAGCUUUUAUUGGCACGAUACAAAGCGAAGUGCCAAGGUCCGCUGCCUCGAUUCCCCGAGCAGACUCGGCCUCUGGAAUAAAAGCUUGCAAAAUGUCUCGCACGAGCACAGAGACAUAGCAAUGCUGGGCUGGAAGGAGGAAGUGCAGUGGAGAGGGGAGGGACCGCGCGCAGAGUUCCAGACUGCUGCCGCGGCGCUGAGAACUUGUGCGCAUGGAGCGGCGGGGGACAGCUGGAAGAGCUUCAUACUGCAAACUCAAGGAAUAGCAGAAUACCUGCACAGGAUGGAGACUGAGGAGGCACAGGAAAUGUCCCAGAUAACAGGAAGGGACAGCCCGACUGCUAUCGAGGGGGGAGAGGACCAAGAUGAGGCCAUGCCUGUUCCUGAGGACUUGUCAGCCAGCACUGGCCUCCAACACAACAACCGCACAGACAAACCACUGGCCUGUAAUAUAAAAGUUGAGGCUCGGAGUGACGAGGAAAACGGGCUGACCUGUGAGAUGAAUGGAGAGGCGGAGGAAUGUGCAGCCGAGGACUUGCGCGUGCUCGAUGGCUCGGGGGCCAAACUGAACGGCUCCCACGCAGGCCCCGACAGCAAGCCGGCCGCCUACCCCACGGCCGGGGGCAUCCGCCUCCCCAACGGGAAGCUGAAGUGCGAUAUCUGUGGGAUAGUUUGCAUUGGGCCCAAUGUGUUGAUGGUGCACAAGCGAAGUCACACUGAAGAAAGAAAGUCAGAUUUGGAACGACAUAAAGGGGAGAGGCCAUUCCAGUGCAACCAGUGUGGUGCUUCUUUCACCCAGAAGGGUAACCUGCUCCGACACAUCAAACUGCACUCUGGCGAGAAACCUUUCAAAUGUCACCUGUGCAACUAUGCUUGCCGCCGCAGAGACGCCCUCACCGGACACUUGCGCACACACUCGGUUGGAAAACCUCAUAAAUGUGCAUACUGCGGGCGCAGUUACAAGCAGCGGAGCUCACUGGAGGAACAUAAGGAGAGAUGUCACAACUACCUGCAGUGCAUGGGCCUUCAGAAUAGCAUUUAUUCAGUGAAGGAAGAGAACAGCCAGAAUGAGCAGAGGGAGGACAUGCCUGCAUCUGAGAGAGCCUUGGUGCUAGACAGGAUAGCUAACAAUGUAGCUAAGCGUAAGAGCUCUAUGCCCCAGAGGUUUGUGGGAGAGAAUCGUUUGUCGGAGCUGUCGUUCGAGGCCGGCUCGGGCGAGCUCAUGCAGCCUCAUGUGAUCGAUCAGGCCAUCAACAGUGCGAUUAGCUAUCUGGGAGCGGAGUCCUUGCGGCCUCUGGUUCAGACCUCCCCUGGCUCCACUGACAUGGUGGUCAGCCCUAUUUACAACCUCCACAAGACACAGUCAGCCGAAGGCAACGGCGUGUCUGCUAAAGACAGCGCCGCCGAGCACCUCCUUCUGCUGUCCAAGUCCAAAUCAGCCUCGGUCGAGAAGGACGGCUCCCCCAGCCCCAGCGGCCAGGACUCCACUGACACCGAGAGCAACGAGGAGCGGGCGGCCGGGGGAGGCGGGGGAGCGACCGCAGGGGGUCUCAUCUACCUGACCAAUCACAUGGCUCCAGGUAUGCGUAACGGAGGUCUGCCCGUGGUGAAAGAAGAGCAGCAGAGGCAUUUCGAGGCCUUGCGGGCAGCAGGUAUGGAGCUGAGUAUGGCGACUCCGGAGGGGUUUAAGGUUCUGAGUGGAGAGGGAGAAGAAUUGAGGGCAUAUCGCUGCAUCCAUUGCAGAGUUUUGUUCCUGGACCACGUCAUGUACACCAUCCACAUGGGAUGCCAUGGCUUCCGAGACCCCUUCGAGUGCAACCUGUGUGGUUACCGCAGUCAGGACCGCUACGAGUUCUCAUCGCACAUCACACGCGGAGAGCACCGCUUCUGAGCUAACACACAGAGACGUUCCACAUACGCUUGACUACACGUUUACACGAGUGCACACACCCCACACACACACGAAAAAAAUUCAACAUUUUAGAAUUUUUUAGACACUGUCCAAACGCUGGAUUUUUUUUUUAAGUUUCAUGUAACAUUGAUUUGGACAUAUGUACAUACAGUUAGUCUAUAUAUUUCACUGUCUUGUCUAUUUUUCUACAAUGGUGUGAUUUGUAUGUAAACCUGUGAGACUUUACAAAAAAAUAAAAAUAAAUAGAAAGAACUGUAACUGAAAAUAGAAAUUAAGUGUUUUAAAAAAAGAACAAAAUUUAUAAAUCAUCCCAAACAAGUUUUUAACUGCCCUAAAGUUACUUAGACACAUAAUAAUACUACUAAUUAAAUAAUGCGUACAAUUGUGAUAAAUUUAAAAUAGUAUUUGCAAUAGAAGGGAUGUAAAUUCAUCUUCUGUAUCUCUCACUUCCCUGUGUUCCAACUGUUAUGAAAACACUGCAUUUUUUCCAUUUAAUUUUAAAUAUAUUAUAUUUUUUAUAUAUUAAGCAGUCUGAUCAAGUUCAUAUCAUUUUAUAAUUUAUUACAAAAAACUGUUUCACAAUUUUUCCAUUUUAUGUAUGAUGACCCCCUCUUCAAAUGCUCCCCUGUAUAUUGAACCAAAUGGCAGUACAUAUUGAACUUGUUUUAUUUCACAGCUGAUUUCUGCUUGUUUUAUAUUCUAUUUAAAAGUUUGGCAGCAAUUUACUCGUACAUAUUUACAUCAACAUACUAGAAUAUAUAUGCUUGCAAGAAUAUUAAUAAAAGAUAUUUUACAUUUGUUUGACCUC